AGCCGCCCCGCCCCGCCCCGCCCCUUUCCCGACGGGACGCUCGGAGCGGCGCCGAAGUGAGAAGGGCGGUGGGGGGAGUUGCACCCCAUGGGUUUACAUGAUAAAUGAGCUUCUUGACACAGAUGAGAAUUACAGAAUGAUGGCUUCAUUCCAGCGCUCCAAUAGUCAUGAUAAAGUAAGGAGAAUAGUUGCAGAGGAGGGCCGUACAGCAAGAAACCUAAUAGCUUGGAGUGUUCCACUAGAAAGCAAAGAUGAUGAUGGAAAACCUAAAUGUCAAACUGGAGGAAAACCGAAGAGAACAAUUCAGGGCACUCACAAAACUACUAAGCAGAACACUGCAGUAGACUGUAAAAUAACAUCAUCUACAACUGGAGACAAACAUUUUGAUAAAAGUCCCACUAAAAUAAGACACCCUCGGAAAAUUGAUCUAAGAGCUCGAUAUUGGGCAUUUCUUUUUGACAAUCUUCGCCGGGCAGUAGAUGAAAUCUAUGUAACUUGUGAAUCAGAUCAGAGUGUGGUGGAAUGUAAGGAGGUGCUAAUGAUGCUGGAUAACUAUGUGAGAGAUUUCAAAGCAUUGAUUGACUGGAUUCAACUUCAGGAAAAACUAGAGAAGACGGAUGCUCAAAGCAGACCAACUUCAUUGGCAUGGGAAGUAAAGAAGAUGUCUCCAGGACGUCAUGUGAUUCCAAGUCCGUCUACAGAUAGAAUAAGUGUCACAUCAAAUGCUAGAAGAAGCUUAAAUUUUGGGGGUUCACCUGGUACUGUGGCUGCCCCUCGUCUGGCUCCCACUGGUGUCAGUUGGGCUGACAAAGUAAAGGCUCAUCAUACAAGCUCUUCUGCUUCUUCUGACAUUGCAGCUGCCCAGUCUUGCCCACCGAUGACAAUGCAGAAAACCUCUCGCAAAAAUGAACGGAAAGAUGCUGAAGGAUGGGAGACUGUUCAGAGAGGAAGGCCUGUUCGUUCACGAUCAACAGCAGUAAUGCCUAAAUUUUCAUUAGCAACAGAAGCAUUACGGUCAAAGGAUGACAGUGAUAAGGAAAAUGUACAUCUUUUACUUGAUGAAAAUAUACAGAAAGGUGAAUUUGUUGGAGAUGGACCUUCCAGUAUUGUAGAAUCUUGGCCCAUGGACUCAUUACACUCUUGUGAGCAUCCUCUUGCUGAAAGAACCCAGUUCACAGUGAGUACAUUGGAUGAUGUCAGGAACUCUGGCAGUGGUGUCUUACAAGACAGUUCCAUGUGGACUUCUGAAAUACCUACUGUUCACAUUGAUACAGACUGUGUUUCAAUUACUCAGCAAGCUGAUGCACCUCUUUUGCAAACAAAUGAAGACAAAUUUCCAGAAGAGAAAGCAAGGAUAGAAAGUGAAAUGGACCCUUCAGAUAUUUCAAAUGUGAGUGCUGCUAUCUUGUCCAUGGCAGAAGUUCUUGCUAAAAAAGAAGAGUUAGCAGAUCGUCUAGAAAAGGCCAAUGAAGAAGCCAUUGCUAGUGCUAUUGCUGAAGAAGAACAGUUAACCAGAGAAAUUGAAGCUGAAGAAAACAAUGAUAUUAACAUUGAAACUGACAAUGAUAGUGAUUUUUCGGCAAGCAUGGGCAGUGGGAGUAUAUCUUUCUGUGGUAUGUCUAUGGACUGGAAUGAUGUCCUGGCAGAUUAUGAAGCUCGUGAAUCUUGGCGCCAGAAUACAUCCUGGGGGGAUAUUGUAGAGGAGGAACCUGCUAGACCUCCAGGGCAUGGAAUUCACAUGCAUGAAAAACUUUCCUCACCAUCUCGCAAAAGAACAAUUGCAGAAUCUAAGAAGAAACAUGAAGAAAAACAAAUGAAAGCACAGCAACUAAGGGAAAAGUUACGUGAAGAGAAAACAUUAAAGCUUCAGAAAUUGUUAGAAAGGGAGAAGGAUGUCCGGAAGUGGAAGGAAGAAUUACUAGAUCAGCGACGUAGGAUGAUGGAAGAGAAAUUACUUCAUGCUGAGUUUAAACGAGAGGUGCAAUUACAAGCAAUUGUGAAAAAAGCACAGGAAGAAGAAGCUAAGGUAAAUGAAAUUGCUUUUAUAAAUACCCUUGAAGCCCAGAAUAAGCGCCAUGAUGUUCUGUCAAAAUUAAAGGAAUAUGAGCAGAGGCUUAAUGAGUUACAGGAAGAGCGUCAACGAAGACAGGAGGAAAAGCAAGCCCGUGAUGAAGCUGUGCAGGAACGCAAGAGAGCUCUCGAGGCAGAACGACAGGCCCGUGUAGAAGAAUUAUUGAUGAAGAGGAAAGAACAGGAAGCCCGAAUUGAACAGCAGAGACAAGAGAAAGAAAAAGCCCGUGAGGAUGCAGCACGAGAAAGAGCUAGAGAUAGGGAAGAACGAUUGGCAGCACUCACAGCAGCUCAACAAGAAGCUAUGGAAGAGCUACAGAAAAAAAUUCAGCUCAAGCAUGAUGAAAGCAUUCGAAGGCACAUGGAACAGAUUGAACAAAGGAAAGAAAAAGCUGCUGAGUUAAGCAGUGGACGGCAUGCAAAUACCGAUUAUGCCCCCAAACUUACCCCUUAUGAAAGGAAGAAGCAGUGUUCUCUUUGCAAUGUCCUGAUCUCUUCAGAGGUAUAUCUUUUUAGCCACAUUAAAGGGAAAAAACACCAGCAAGCCGUGAGAGAGAAUAGCAGCAUUCAAGGACGUGAACUUUCAGAUGAAGAAGUGGAGCAUCUGUCCUUGAAGAAGUAUAUUAUUGACAUUGUAGUUGAAAGUUCAGCUCCACCAGAGGUUUUGAAAGAUGGAGAAGAACGGCAAAAAAAUAAAAAAAAAGCCAAGAAGAUAAAAGCACGGAUGAACUCCAGGGCCAAGGAAUAUGAGAGUUUAAUGGAAUCAAAAAACUCUGUCUCUGACUCACCUUAUAAAGCAAAGCUUCAGCGAUUAGCCAAAGAUCUUCUAAAACAACUACAGAUACAGGACAGUGGCUCGUGGGCAAACAAUAAGGUUUCUGCUUUGGAUCGGACCCUAGGCGAGAUUGCUAGAAUAUUGGAAAAAGAGAAUGUAGCAGAUCAGAUUGCAUUUCAAGUUGCUGGUGGAUUAACAGCCCUUGAACACAUCCUUCAAGUAGUAGUCCCAACCACAAAUGUGAACACAGUUUCACGAAUUCCUCCUAAGUCUCUCUGCAAUGCAAUCAAUGUUUACAACCUCACCUGCAAUAACUGCUCAGAAAACUGUACCGAUGUUCUGUUUAGUAACAAGAUUACCUUCUUAAUGGACCUCCUGAUACAGCAGUUGACGGCUUAUGUUCCAGAUGAAAAUAAUGCUAUUUUGGGAAGAAAUACAAACAAGCAAGUAUUUGAAAGCUUGAUAACUGGACUUCUCAAAGUCAGUGCUAUGGUUUUUGGCUGCCUAAUUGCCAAUCGACCAGAUGGAACCAGCCGGCCAGCUACACCAAAAAUAUCUGCACAGGAAAUGAAAAACAAACCUCCACAAGGUGGUGAUACUUUUAACAGUCGAGUUCAGGACCUCAUCAGCUACGUGGUAAACAUAGGUCUGAUCGACAAGCUGUGUAGCUGCUUCCUCUCAGUGCAAGGCCCAGUGGACGAGAAUCCCAAGAUGGCCACAUUUCUGCAGCAUGCCGCAGGACUCUUACAUGGAAUGUGCAUGCUGUGCUUUGCUGUCACUGGAAGGUCAUACAUGAUAUUUGACAAUAAUCGCCAGGAUCCCACAGGGCUUACAGCUGCUCUUCAGGCCACAGACCUCGCUGGAGUUCUGCACAUGCUCUACUGUGUCCUCUUCCACGGCACCAUCUCAGACCCCAGCACUGCCAGUCCCAAAGACAGUUACACCCAGAACACGGUUCAAGUGGCCAUUCAGAGUUUACGUUUCUUCAACAGCUUUGCAGCUCUUGAUCUGCCUGCUUUUCAGUCUAUUGUAGGGGCAGAGGGCUUGUCCCUUGCAUUCCGGCACAUUGCCAGCUCCCUGCUGGGCCACUGCAGCCAAGUCUCCUGUGAAAGCCUCCUUCAUGAAGUCAUCAUCUGCGUGGGCUACUUCACUGUCAGCCACCCAGAUAAUCAGGUAAUCGUACAGUCCGGCCGCCACCCCACGGUGCUGCAGAAGCUCUGCCAGUUGCCCUUCCAGUAUUUCAGUGACCCACGGCUGAUCAAAGUGCUGUUCCCUUCACUUAUCGCUGCUUGUUACAACAACCAUCAGAACAAAAUCAUUCUGGAGCAAGAGAUGAGCUGUGUUUUACUGGCCACGUUUAUUCAGGAUUUUGCACAGACUCCAGGUCAGGCAGAUAACCAGUCUUGUCCACCCAAAGGAAAAUGUCUCAGUUCCCAAGACUAUCUCGAGUUGGCUAACAGAUUUCCUCAGCAGGCCUGGGAAGAAGCUCGACAGUUUUUCUUGAAAAAAGAAAAAAAAUAAAUGUUUUGGUUGGUUCUA